AUGAAAACGAUUACAGAAAAUGCAAUUCUUACCGAAACAAUAUGCCCCAGUAAAAAUGUCCUCAAGUACGAGGAAAAAGUUUACGUGAAUCGAGGGGAAUCGCUAAUUAAGGUAGACCCGUCUUACUAUAUCAAGCAAAAAGUUCUGAAUAUACAAAAUCUCAACUACCUCCUAAGUAGCUACUCAGAAUUUUUUGAAAAUUACAGAAUCCUAUGUAUCCUAUCAGCAUUAAACAUUUUUAUAAUUCUUUUUCUUCUCCUCCUGUACUUGUUAUUUUCACUUAUAAUAUUUCUCCCGGCAUUUUUUUUACUCUGCUCCAUAUUCUGUUCUGCAUUCCCCCUACUCUACCCCUUAAUUAAAGACAAAACGCAAAUAAUACUGAAGGAGGAAAUAAUUUUCUGUACAUGCAUAACAAUUGGAUCUACACUUUUUUUUAUAUCAAUUCUUUUUAUAUACCUGACACCAUUCGUUUCUGUUUUCUUAUACCCUUUCAAUGCUAUCUUUAUGCCUCUCAUUUCGACCCUCAUUUUGCCAAUGAUCAUGCUCAUCAAUUCAAGUGUAUGUGCCAUUUAUGUCAUUUUUUAUACGGAGGCCGUCUCAAGUGUUAAAAACCUAGCACAAAAUACAUCAAGAUAUAUUUUUUUCAAGAUUCCCCUAUUUUACCUUUAA